CCCAGCCGAGGCCACUGGCUGCGGGAGUUGCUGUGCCGCGGAGAAGAGCUCAGCCGCGUCCAGUCCAGCCCCGACGGGCAGCAUCUCCUGCUCCUGCAGAAGAGCCGGGUGGUGGCCUUCCAGCGCCACAGCAUCGCUGGAGCCGACCUGGAGCGGAGCUGGCAGCCGCCCCAGCCGGCCCCGGUGGGACUGCUCUUCCUGCAGAGCCCCGCGGCACCGGGCUCCUGGGUGCUGGCCGUGGUGUGGGAGCAUGGCCGGACCGAGGUCUGGCACUUCGUGGUGGCCGUGGGCUGGCAGCUGCUGCAGACGCUGGAGCUGUGCCAGGGUGCCCGGGCACGAGUGGUGUCGGUGUGCAGCCAGGGAGCCAGCCUGGUGUGGUGUGAGGAGAGGCCGCCGCUGGGUGCCCACUCGGACAUGAGCAAGUGUGCCUUCAGGUUCUGCGUCUGUGCCCGCGCUCUGGAGGUGGGGGAGCAAGGCGUGCGGCUGGGCGCGGUGAGGAUAGUCCUGCACAACAGCCCCGAGUACCGGGUCCUGGCCUCUCCCCAACACGUCUUCCUAGUGCCUGCUGCUGCUGGCUUUGCCACCACUUCCAAAUUCCUCCUCAUCUGGCAUCCAGAGAAGGCGGAGUUCAUCAUCACAGCCCCCUCUGCAGGCUUCAUCCACAGCAAGGUGCUGCGCUCCAGCAGCGAGUCAGACUUCAGGAAGCUCCUCCUGGGUUCUGUGGGGCUUCUCUCAGGUUUUGCACCUCUGGACAUUCACACUUCCACUGUGUCCAACAGCGGGGGUCUGCUGCUGGUGAGCACAAAGGGUUCUGUGAGUAUGGUGGAGACAGACGGGACACAGAGGCAUAUCUUUGACCUGGAGGGCGGUCCCCUGGCCCAAGGAAGUUCUGUCCAGCUGAAGACCUUUGGCAGCAUCCUGGCCUGCGUGCUGGCUGGAGUACUGUACCUUGUCGACCAGAACAGUGGAAGGCUUGUAGAAAAGGAAGUCCUGAGCAUGAAAGAAGUGCAUUUCCUGGAGUCACAGGGAGAGGAGGACAGUAUCCAGCUCCUCAGUCAGACUGGCAUUUACAGCUUUAGCUUUUCCAAACCUGAGGACAGCAGUAGGCCUGAGCCAUGCCUGGUGGAGAUGGUGUUUGAGGAGGCCUGCAGAUAUUACCAGAGGAGGAGCCUCAGCAGCUCCAAGCUUACAGUGGAGAAGUUGAAGAAAGGUGGUACGUUCCAGGCUCCUGUGGUCCUCGCUGCCAUCCUGCAGCACAGCCUCCACCAGAAGCAGAAGCCAGCCCAAGGCCUGCAAGACACUUACGCCAAGCUGUUGAGCACAGUGAGCCUGGAGCUGCAGAGCUACAUGAGCCUGGAGCUCCUCAAGGCUUGUGUGGUGUGUGCCCCGGAGAGUGAGGUGGAAAGCUACUGCAAGGAGCUAGUGGAGCAGGAGGUCAGCCGCAUUCUGCAGUCUGACAUGGACACGGACAACUUGGCCUAUCUGAACUCUGUCUUUGCCUCCUUCCCCAAGGCUGCCUGGAAGGCCAUAAGGAGCUGCCUGCAGCUGCAGCAAAAUGGGGAUGGCCUCUUGGUAGCCAGGGCCACCCCAGAGGUAUGGAAGAAGGUCCUGUGUCAGCCACAGCUGGAGGAGGUGGGUCAGAACGGGAUGGUCCCACUCUUUGAGCUCAUUUGCGCCUCCUUCCUGAGGUUCAGACCCAAGUGGUUGCCCAGCUUUGUGGAGCUGACCCAGCAGUAUGUUAGCAGCUCUUGGUCAUACAGCAGCAAGGAGGGCCCAGAGGGCCGGGUGCCACUGUACAAGAGAGCCCUGGGAGUGCUGGCCCGAAAGAACAAACACGGCGAGGCAGAUGAUGAGAUGGAGCUGGAACUGCUGCUCUGCAGCAAGAGGCCUAAGGCUGUGCUGCAAGCCCUGCACCUUCUCAUCCGUCUCAAGCAGUGGCAGCGGGUGGUGGAGGUGGCAGAGAAGUUCUCCAAACUCAGCCCCUUGCUUAACAAGGAGAUAUUCAUCACACUGCUGGCUGAGUUUGCCCAGCACCGGGAGCUGGACCCUUACCUGGACAGGCUGUGGCCGCUGUGCCCCGCUGAGCUCACUGCCUCAGACAUCCUCACCACGGUCCUGCAGCACCUCCCUCAUUCCCAGGAGGACCCAGUGCCUUUCUCCAGCGAGGGGAACCAGCUGACUGUGGGCUUGCUUAAGCCACUGCUGCAAAGGGUUGUGCAGCGUCCCAGUGUCCAGGACGAGAUGUACUCAGAUGCCCUGCAGAGCACCACUUUCCCCCCUCCCACCCCACCCCGGGAGCACAAAAUCCCCUCAAAAGCAGUAGCUGAUGAUGUUCCUCAGCCAUCCAUGGCAAGGACUUCCUCACCCUCAGCACUGCUACAGGAUGACAGUGUGUGAAGGGAGGAAGGACAACAUCAUGCCAAGCACUGGGUGCACAGGGAAGGGAAAUCCUACCUGUGCUGGCUGUGCAGAAGCCUGCUCCUUUCUGAAGCAUCCCUGAAGCAGCAGCAUCUCAAAGAGCCUGUUGGGUGGCUGGGGUUGGGGGAUCUCCUCUGAGCCAGGGCAGGCUUUCCGGGUAUUCCUAGCAAGUGCAAUUGUGUGUGUGCCAGUGGAGGAGCAAAUGCCAGGUGCAUUUGCAGAUGAAAACGCUGGCUGCACUACAGGACUACAGAAUUGCUCCCUGCCCAAAGCACUUUGUUUUCAGUUUGUUUGACUCCUUUUUAACUCCACUUCUAUAUCCCUGAUCCUCUAGUACUGGUGGUGGAGUGGUAGGCAGGGAUACACAGUCUUCCACCCCCUUUCUCUGCUCAGUGAGUUGGGUGGUACCUUCAAGCUCUGUCUGUGAGAAACAGGGCAUGUUUCUUGCAGCUGGACCACUGAGUCCCGCUGUUUUGGGCUCAGAUGCUGCAUGCCAGUGUGGCACAGCUCCAUGGCACUGGGGGUCCCAGCACACAACGCUAGCAGUUGCAGCACUCCACACGUUUUCUCGCCACAAUUCCUCUGGGAUCAGUCCUGUAGCUGUGACUGAUUGCAGAUACUUAGCUGAAAAGAGCAGCCUAAUUCCCUUAUCUCUCUGUCCCAGGCAGUAUCCAAACUCUCUUCUGAGCUGAGCAGCUUGCAGCAGCCUGCGUGAGCUUGGGGCUGGCCCUGCCUUUCCCUUUCCUUUGUGGGAGCUUAGAUUGUGCUGCAGGACACCCAGACCCUCUGUUCCCAUCUCCUCUGCCUUUGCCCUUUGCAUACAAAGGGGCUUUGUCGGGGUUGUCUGGCUCAUAUUGUGCCUCUGUUUGCAAAAUCACUGUAACUUGAGAGCAGUUUGUGCAGGAAGAUCCAGGUUCCAGCCUCUCAGGUGCCUGGUGCCUGGCCCCCUCCACCAGGAGGGAGACCCUGGCUGUGGCUUUGCCCCUGCAUUUUGGGCUUUGGUGUAAAGGAGCUGUCUGUUGCCUUGUUGGGCUGUGGGAGAUUCACCUGUGUUAAUCCUCUUAAGAGUGGUCUUAAG